UUUUCAAGCUGUGUCACUGCCGCCUAUAUUACGGGCAGCCGCGACUUCGUUCAAUGUUAUGUGUAAACAUCGAGUGUAGCGUGGUACAGAGCCUUUAAAAGUUCGUGUGUUUACAAACACUAGACAACUACGACCGCAGCAGCGUAGCACUAUAUUUUUGUUAUGGACAAUGUUAGUGAUGUAUAGAUAUUUUAUUGGUCUAUAGGAGAAAACCAUCUCUUCUUCGUAGUGUAACAGAAGUGGUGUUAGAAAUAUUUCGUCCUUCUGAGACAUGGCAAGUAGCAGAUUAGAAAAAGUUGGAACUAUAUAUUCAAGGGUUACCGGUCUUCUGAAGUCUGGUGCCAUGAAGAAUGAAGAUAGACCAAUUUGGUACGAUGUGUACAAAUCCUUUCCACCGAAGUACGAGCCAACCUUUUCCAGACCUGCUCCAAAUGUACCCAUAAGGAAUAUCUUUUACCCCGAGGAUAAUUUGCGAGCACGGUUCCACAAGGAAUAUUCCAAUCUCAUGACAACAGUUAACAUCGCUGAUGAGAGCAGAAGUUCAAUGACACAGAAGUUUCUGUCAUUGUAUAAAAAACUAGAAGAGGAAGGAAAUACUGCUGAGGAGGAUUUGUUUUUGUCAGCUGUUGAGUUGCUGGAAGCUGAGAGAGAAAGCAGAGUGAAGCAAGAAGAGAAGAAUUUUGGAGAAGAUCAUGGAGAGGAAAAAAGUGAUUUGGUUUCAUCAUUCAAAGCAGCUCAAAGAGAAAUGGAUAGAAGUGGCAGUGAAAAAUUAAAACUUUCUGAAAUUUUGAAAGAAUAGUGUUUAUUGCCAUGUAAUGUACAAACCUGUUGUAAAAAUGACUAGACUCAAAUGUAGUGUUAAGAUGUUUUAUUGGUAUUAUUGCUUGAAAACCCUGACUCAUUGAAAUAUGCCCGUUAUGUUGAAUGAACAUUACAGUGAACAAUAUUCACAUGGAACAGUAA